AUGCAAUGGAAAACACAGACCUUUCUUCAUCCGAAGAGCAACACAGACAGCAAGAAGACUGCUUACAUCAAGAUGUCCGUAAAGCCCAAUAUCUCAACACGCAGUUCGUCAGCUACAGCAUUAUUAGCUAUUGUCCCAGUUCGAGUGAAAGCGAAAGGUGGGUCAGCGUUCGUAGAAACUUACGCAUUCCUCAAUUCAGGAUCGAACACUUCGUUCUGUACUGAAACCCUACUGAAGCAACUGAAUGUAAGCGGAAGCACAAUGAAUCUAUCAUUGACAACAAUACAGGGAGAAAAUGUACCUGCUCAAUGUUCUUUGGUAAGCCUCAAAGUUUCCGACCUUAAUGCUGUAAAUCACGUUGAUCUACCAGUGGUGUAUUCAAGACCAUUCAUACAGUGCUGCCACUGUACCGCAAUUGCAUCAGAAAUUCCAGGAGAAUUGUGGUGAAGAGAAACACAAGGCCAUCAUUCUCCAUAUUGGAAUGAAUGACCUGGUGCGGGAGGAUGCUGAAAAUGUUGCAAAGAAGAUGGAUGUCCUAAUUGAGGAGGUGAAGAGUUGAGCAGAGAGAGUUGCUGUGUCGAGCGUUAUCGAGAGGCAGGUACCCAGCAGAAAUAAUCAGCAUUUUUUUCACCAAACUGGACGGCAUAGUUAAUAUAGAUAUGUCAAAUGACAAUGUGAGUAGCAAUCUUUUGACUAGCCUUAAUUCUAUUCCCAAUGAAAGAGGUUUUAAGAUGGCCUUUUUAAAUAUUGUCACUUUACCUAGUAAAAUAGAUGAAAUUCGUCAUUCAACGUGUAGCAAAAACAUUGAUUUAAUUGCAUUCAACGAGACACGACUGGACCUGAGAAUUUCUGAUGGCCUCAUUCAUUUAGAUGGUUAUGAGGUUGUUAGAAAGGAUCGAUCCCGCAAUGGAGGUGGAGUUUGUUCAUACCUUCGUAGCUCCAUCAAUUACAAAAUAAAAUCAGAUCUUAUUCCCCCUGAAUUGGAAGCUGUUUGCUUGGAAAUUACUAAACCACAAAGUAAACCAUUUAUUGUCACUACAAUUUAUCGACCACCAAAUGCAAAUGCAGAAUUUUUUGACCAUUUGGAAAAACUUAUUAAACAAAUCGAUGAUGAAAAUAAAGAAAUGUACAUCUUAGGUGACUUAAAUUGCAACUUGUUAGAAGAAAAAACUCUUUUCAAUAUGCCAACAAACAAACUAAACUCAUUAUAUGAAUUAUAUAUGCCUGCUCAUUUGUAGCAAUAUUCAUUCUCCUGAAUUUCAUUCAAUUUAAAACAUCACAUCUAUUCAAUUUAAUAUAAAUAUAUAUAUUCAAUUUAAUCCUGCAAUUAUAUGUUCAGUUUAAUCCUGCAAUAUACGUUCAAUUUAAUCCUGCAAUAUACAUUCAAUUUAAUCCUGCAAUAUACAUUCAAUUUAAUCCUGCAAUAUUCAUUCAAUUUAAUCCUGCAAUAUCCAUUCAAUCUUGCAACACUCGCUCCGAAAUAGACGUUGGCUCUCGGCCGUAAGUCGGCAAGCGAAAUUUCAUCGGAAAACUGAAUAUUACAAAGCAAUAUAUGGAAACAUUGACACUGGAUUUCCCACCAUUUUUCUGGGAAACCAUAUUGCUUCUUUGCUUUGCAUUUACGCAGUUAAAUAUAUUAAAAAAUACAUUAAUUUCCUUUAUUCACUUUUAACUGAAAAGUGUUGUUGGUUCUAGUAGUUUAUAUGGAUCGAGAUAAGCUAAAUUGUCUCGCUGGGAUCGAGAUAAGCUAAAUUGUCUCGAAGUGUUGAUGAAACUCAUGAAAGUACAACCUCAAGCAAUAACACUACAAGGAUCGACAAGAACAAGCACUGAUUCAGAGACACCAUCUAGGGAUGCUAGGGGUCGAUCAACCACGGCUUCAUCAUCAGCCGUUUCUGCCAGCAACUCGAUCACCGAAGCCUUAUCUAGAGCUAGGCAAAUGAUGACGGCAAGUUCGAAUUCUGGAUUGUAUAGACGAUUGAAUCGCAAUGAGCAACUUUGUGCAACAGCAUCCCCAUCAAUGGGAAGACCAAAAAAGAAAGCUAGAAUAGAAAAAAACCUUUCCAAUUUGCGUUAAUCAAAGCAGUGUCAUCUGAUGAUGAUGAUGAAGAAGAAGAAGAGCAGUUGGAAAAUUUGAAAAAGGAGAAUAUUAUUGAAAGAGGAAUCAUGGAAUUAUUGGAGGAUGAUAGUGAAAAGGAAAUUUGGGCAAAAUUGCUAUCAAGCCUUAAAGGGACUUAUUCCAUUCUUGGACAGAACGAUUUUGAAUUUGUGAAGGUCACCCAGAAAAAAAUAACAGUGCUAAAAAUGGCAGAAGGUGCUCAGUGUAACUAUGCUGUGGUAAAGAAACUGGCAGGUCAAGGCUUAUUAUACAUCAGAAUCAAGAAAGGGUUUGAAUUUGUCUUAAAUAAACCCCCUAAGUCGAAUGAUGAAGAUUUGGUGACUGUGAUUGAUCAGGUUGAGCAACCUGGUAUGUCUGAAACAAAUACUUCAAGUGUCAUGUCUCCUACGUUGCUUUCAGAGAGUCAUUAUACUACCUCACAUGUAGUUCAACUGCAAUCAUGGAAAAUUGAUGAAAGAUAUCAAACAAUUAUUGCUGAAUUCCCAAGUGACAUGAACGAUACUAGUAGUGAGAUGCUUAGAUAUUAUCAGGGCAAGGUUCAUAGAGGAAGGCCAUUAGAUAUAGUUGAUGAAUACACAGCGUUAGAAGGCGAAACAAAUUUUAUAACUGUGGAUCGAGAAAACAUUUUGCAGACAACAUUUGAAGAAUUAAAAGAAAUUGAAGAUCCUGCUGUUACAUUUGAAGUAGAUUUCUAUAGUGAAAGAGCUCAGGAUAGCGGUGGUCCUUGA